AUGAACAAACAACGUUUUCCGCAUGUUCUUUCCAAACUCACUAUGGAACCGCCCCGCGCGGCCAAAACGAUCACAGUCUUCGUCAAUGGCGACCCUCAUCAUUCUGGAAAGAAAUUCAUUGUAAAUACAAAGAGAACCCCAACUUUUGACUCGUUACUUGGCGAUGUCACCACAGGAGUAAAUGCGCCAUUUGGUGCCGUCCGAAAUCUAUACACUCCUGUGGGCGGCACACGCGUACUAGAUCUGGAAGCUUUAGGGAGUGGCAAGCAAUAUGUCGCUGGUGGCAUCAAAAAGUUUAAAAAAGUGGAAUAUGGCCGGACUCCCCGCCGAGCAAAAUCACAGGAUCCGCGCUCUUAUCGUCACCGAGAAGAGGCCGGUUGCUUUUCGUAUAAAUCCUCUUCGGGAGGAAACAAAGAAAAUGCAAAACCGGAUAAUGAGAAGACAAAAAAAGGAGCAAAAGUAAAUUCGGAAAAGAAGUCGAUUCCGGCCACAAGCAGAUUCCAGAAUAUUAAUGAUCAACACAUGAAAAACAUCACUGUGUACGCAAAUGGCAAUCCUCGAGUAAAUUUCCGCUUUCUACUCAAAUCCCCGCGAUCCCAAAAGCUCGAUUAUAUCCUCGACGAUGUGGCCGUCAAAAUUUCGGCCAAGACGGGCUACGCUAUCCGAAAUCUUUUUGCCAUGUCGGGCGAGAAAAUAACCGACGCCGCACAAAUUCGCGAUGGAGAAAGUUACGUUGCCGCUGGAGUUGAAAAAUUCAAGCGAGCGGCAUAUGGAAUGAGCUCCGCCACUUCUCAAGAACGACCUGGUCGCGUGAGAAGCCGCCCGCUCAAGCCACUCAAAGCGCCUGUCAAAAGCCAGAAGGAAACGAAAGAAAUUUCGGGUCUCAAGAAACCAACAAAAGUUCAACGCAAAGAAGCCCUCCCCCCAAUCGCCGUCGCGCCGGUCCAAAAAGAGCCCAGCGAUGUCGUCCCCGACGCUCCCGACAUAAAAACGGACCUUCCCAUUGAUCAGCAUUCCCUCCCAACGCACGUGUCCGAGUUCGCUGCUAAUGCUUCUGACUUUAUCGCCUCCGAAUCGACGGAAACGCCCGAUGUUGUUUAUUCUGCUCCGCCUGGUCCUCUCUUUGUUCAAGAUAUCGAGGACGAGGAAGAGCUGGAUGAUGCGACUGCGAAUCAAACAACGACGAUCAUAUCAUCUCGAAGCGCUCCUGAUGGUAUGGAAUUUGUACUUAUUAACCCCGAAGACAUCCCCACUGUAGAAUCCACCCCCGAAGUACCCGCGUGCGAAGAAUCCCAGUCCAGACCAAGCUCCAAAGACGCAAAAGUUCAUUUCGGCGAUUCUCCAGAAGCAAUCAAGCGCCCCGAAUCAAAUCAAGAGGGCGAAGAGGCCGAUCAAACUGUCGCCGAGCAGUCUGAUAAUGAGAUUAAACAAGAAAAUCUCAUUUCAACUAAUGAGCUUACCGGCGAAGAGACUAUUGCUGAGGAGCAAAUUGCUGAAUCGCGAAAAGAAAUCGAACAAAUUGUCCACGAAGAAAUAACGUCAAAUACAGUAACAAGCGAAACAGCCGUCGAGGAAGCAACAACUGUCACGAGUGCUGCACCCGUUCCGGAAACCCCUCCGACGCCGAAAAUCGAAUCGCCAUUGGUGGAAAACCAACACGUCAAGAAAUGGAUAGACGAAGAAGCCGUUUUGGCUGAGUAUGGAAUCGUAGAAUGCGAAGAAGAACUUUCCGGAGCGCAGAUUCUUCCUCCUCCUUCUACGGCAUCUACUCAUGAAUCAACCAAAGAACUUGAGACUGCUCCUCUAGAAACUGGUUCCGAUGAGCAAACAGAGGUCGAAGAGGAAGAAGCCAAGGAAGAACUUCAAAAUACUCUGAUUGAGGACGAAGAUGUUGAAGCUUCAGUUGGAGAAGUGUCAGCUGAACUUGAUGACAUCAAAAAGGAAGUUGAAGUUGUUGUUGACCGAACAGAGCAAGUGAGUAAUGAUGUAGACCUCCUCUCGAACGUAAUCGAUCAAGUGCAAGAACUGGAAACAUCUGCCGCUGACGAGCCUGAAUCGGAAAUGACCACUUCAGUAGACGUCAUGAAAGACAUCGAAUACGUUAGCCGAACUGACAGUCCAUCGACAGAAGGCCCAGACGACGAUGAAAUCGACGAAAGAACGCUGAAUGAUAUCGAUGGAAGCGUCGAAAAUCCAGCUCCAAUUAUGCAUGUCGAAGUCAACCCAGUUUUUGACUCGUCUGAAGUUAAUGAAGAUGAUGAGAAGCGAGUCGAUGAGUCGGAUUUUGUUGUCGAAAAAGCUGUCGGAGAAGAUAUGCUCUGUCGCCUGAGCAGUUCUUCGACAGAAGGACCUGAUGAAGAUUUCUCGCUUAUCGACGACGUAUCCGAAGACAAUAUUUUGGAUGAAACAAGAGAAGCUGCUCCUGAAAAUCAACAACAAGAUUUCGAAAUGACGCCAUCAGAGCGCGAAUCAGAGGCCGUAGAAGUCAUCAUUGAGGAUGGACCCGUUCAAAGGCCUGAAAUUGUCGAGCAAAAAAGCAAUGAAGAUCUCCCUCAAAAUGAUGAUGAAAACGCUCAAGAAAGCUUUGAGGUUCUGAAUUUCGAGGAAAAAUCUGACUUUACCGCCAUUGCCGAUGAAGAAAACGAAGAACUUGUUAUCCGCGAAAAUGAUAUAAAAACUGAUACUGGAGCGCAGGAGAAAAUCAUCGAUUCAGAAGAUAAAGAGAUCGAAGAGGAAUCGAAAGAAGCUAUCAUUAGCGAAAAUAUUGAUGUCGAGAACGCUGACGUGAUCAUCUCUGAGGAAACUAUUGCUGAAGAAGAAACAAAGGAAGCUUUCGUCAGCGAAAAUAUCGAUUCUGGUGAGAAUGAUACUCUUAUCUCGAAAGAGCCUAUUGAUGCCAAGACUGAUGAAGCCGUCAUUAUUGAAAACAACCAAGUCGACGAAAUGGAUCAAGACGAAGCCGUCGAUCUUGACGUCAUCUCUGCUGAUCCGAUUGUGAACGAGUCAAUAGCUGAUGAUAUUUGCGAAGCAGAUAAAAGCAUCGUCGUUGAGAACGAGCUAGAACAUGUCGAUAACGAAAUUGAUGGCCAAGAAAACGCCGAGUCUGAGAUCGGAAAGGCGGUUGAAUCAUCCAAUAUUGAUGUGGAAGAAAGUCCUGAAAUCGAAGUUGAAAAGAUCGCUGAUGAAAUUCAAGAGGAGGGCACUAUCAACAGAAACACGAAAGAUAUCGUAAGCAAUGAAGAAAUCGAUACUACUGACGAAGUUGUCGUCUCCAGUGAAGUCGAAGAGUCUGAUCAAGUCAUCGUUCCUCAUCCAGCCAUUACGGAGUCACAGACGCCAAUCGACAUUGAUUCACCUGAUAUUGUGACCGAAAUCGACAUCACUCAAGCAAACAAUGUUGAACCACAAGAGACUACCCUAGAAGCUGUUCCGGAGGAUUCUAUCAUCGAAGAUCUUAUUGAGAAGAAAAACGAUGAUGGCGAAAUUGUAGCCGAGAAAGAGGACGAUAUUCAACUUGCAUCGGAAACAAUCCAAUCCGACGUUAAUUCAGACAUUCUUGCUGAACAAGAUUACAGUCCCGAGGAAGAAACUCAAGAAAAAGAAUUGUCUGUCCAAGAAUCUCAUCAAGAAAGUCACAUUCAAGAUGAACCGGAAGAAGAACCAGCAUCUGAAAAAUUCGAUCUAAUUUCAGCGUUGAUCUCUACCGAGCCAGAAACAACUCAGAAUGAACAUCAAGCCGAGGAACUGAAGAUUCAAGAGCCAGAAGAGACUCUUUCAAAAGAGAAUGUUCAAGAAACUGUUGAAGAUCAGACUCUUCUUUCCGGAAAGACAAGUCAUGAAGACAUAAUUUUCGAAGAUACUCCCUCGGGACCUAAGAUUGUUGAUUCCGAGAUUCCAUCAAUUUCUGAGCUUGAAAUUCCAAAUGAAGAAGAGAUCUCCCACUUGCUCUCAAGCUCUUCAAGAAUCACUCUUCCUUCAGAAGAAACUCUCGAUCGACGAACUGAUGAGCUCAUUGCCGACGAUUUGUCCUGUGAGCAAGUUACAUUUGCCUCGAUCGACACGAAUUCUGAAGAUUUCAUCAUGUCGCAGUCAGAAAGUACGACCACUGGUCUUUCAACCAUCGCGGAAUCAUUCGAAUCUCGAAUGGACUCAUCCUUGACUCCAAAUCAAGCUUCUGUCACUGAUGAUCAAUCAAUGGAAGUUCUUGAGGCUGUUCAAAUAAUUGCUCAAGAUGCCAAACUUCCUCUAUUUCAACCAGAGCUCGACUCAGCCAUUGGCAGCACAACAGAAGACCCAAAUAUCAUCACCGACCUGAAAAAUCUAGAAGUCGUUGAUGUUUCUGGACGAGAAACAUCAGCUGAUUCUGAAAUAACAAGCGAAAAUCUUGCUGCUGAAACUGAAGUCUCGCAAAAUGAACAAAAAACUGAGAAUACGGAAGGACCAGAAACUGUUCAGGAAGAUGUGAAAAUUGAAAAUCUAUCCAAAAGGGAAGAAAUCGUUGAACAAGAACAGCUCGGAAAUGAUGUUAAUAAUCAGCAGAACGAUCUCGAAACUGACCUUGAGGUUGCUUCUUCAACUAAAAUAUCGGAGGAAAGUGGAAAAACUCCAGAAACUCAGGAAAUCAUGCUCGUGGAAAAGAUUCAAAAAGAAACCAUGCCUGAAUCUGAAGCAAUCACUCAUGAAAACGAUAAUAUCGAGGAAACAGCUUCAACUACUGAAGAACCGCCACUCCAGGAAGAAGAGGAAACUCUUAUUGCUGCAAAGGUCGAUAUUGUCGUCGAAGAAACCAUCGAGGACGAAGCCAUUGUCGAGCCAGUCCAGCAAUUUACAACUUCAACGACAGAAGCACUUAUUUCCAAGCUAGAAAACGUUGAACAAAACACCAUUAUUCUUGAUGAAAGAAAAUCGCUUGCAGAGGAAAAGAUCAAAGUCGCCGAUAAAGAACGUGUUGAAAAUGAUUCAGAAGAUCAAAUCCAAUCUGAUGAUCAAGUUGUGGAAGAUGAACUGCGAACCGAAGAGCCUGAUCAACCCCUAGAAAUUAAUGAUGCGAAGAUUUCUGAUUCUGAGGUCGAGGAAAAAGUCAAGCACCUUGUCGAAGAAACAGUCGAAAAAGUUUGCACUGUCGCUGAACCAACUCAAGAUGGUCCUCCUGAAGCUAAAGAAAUUGAGGAGAAAGAAAUUAUCGCCGAGAAAAUUUUGGAGACGACGGUUGAGCGUGAUCUUGAUUUGGACUCGCUUGAGGGCAAUGCUUCUGAGAUCAAAGACGAAACUGUUGAUGAAGUGUCAGACCUACCUCUGGAAUCAGAAAGAGAAACUUCUCAGGCUGUAACUGAGUUGCUGAAUCAAGAAACGGAAACUCUUGAACCACAAUGUGGGGAAGAAGGACUCGUGAUUGCUCAUGAAUCAAAAGAAGAAGUUUUAGAUGCUGAGAAAGUCAUUAUUGCUGAAAAAAUCGAUGAUUGUAAAGAAGUUCCUCAAGAAAUUUCCGAUGAGCAGAAGAUAACAGAUGAAGUUGAUAUCAUCGAAAGUCAAAAUAUUACAGCUAUAAACGACGCGGAAGAGUCUGAAAAUAUCGACCAAGAAAGUCUAACUAAGGUCUUUUGCGAUAAUGAUGAAAAAAUCCUUGAUAAAUCAGCACAAUCUCAAGAUUUUGAUGACGAGAAAGAAGGUGCCGACGAAGUUAUGACUGAAGUCCUAGACACGAAUCCAGAAGAAGAAGCGAAAGUAAACCAGACAGCAGUCGUCGAACUUCCGACAGAAAAAAUGCCAGAGCUCGAAUCAUCUGAUCACUUCGUUGCAGAAGUCUCGGACGGUUCCGAACCAUCAGCUGUUACCCUAACAGAAUCAGAAAACGACCAGACAGUCAUCAUUGCCGAGCCUGUUCGAGAAAUUGCAGAGCCAACUAUUCAACCCCUACAAAUUUCCAACAGCGAGCAAGACCUGAGUCAGGAUGCGAGCGACUUGAGCGAAAUCAAUUGCUUCAAAAAUCCAAUGUUGACUUCGAGUUCAAUCGAAGAUGAUCUUUCUUCCGAGGCCGUGGCUAAUAUCAUCAUGGAGAGUCAGCGCAAAAUGGAAGAAAACAAAGUCGUCGAGGAAAAUGACGAUGAAUUCUUCAGCGUUGAGUCGACAACGAUCAUGGAUAAUAAUGAUUCGCCCGAUGUUGAACCUGAAUAUGAAGAGCCUCUUUCUGUUCCCGAAGAAACCGGCUACAGAAAAAGUUCAUGUCAACUUCAACGAGUUCCUGUCCUCGUUUCCAGUCGAUCAGUUGACACUGGUCUUCAAGAAAAUCUCCAAGACGAAGAUGAUCUGGAUGACAACAACAUCAUGAAUACCAUUCUUGAAGAUGCCAUGACCAAGAGCGAACCAAUCGUCCAAGUUUCCGCAACACAAGAGUCGACAGAAACGGUCGAAAAAACAUCAACCUCCGUGGAAAUCGAGAAAAGCGCUAAUGCCGCUACCGCCACUUCUGAAUCGAUCGCCUCGAUAACUGAGUCAGAGUCUCUCGAAAAAGUCCGAUCGGAUAAGCUAGUUCUCGAAGAUGAAGCUCCAGAAAAUAUCCAAACUGAAUUUGCUUUGGAACAGCAAGUUACUGAAGAAGUCAAGGAGGAAAUUGCAGAGCUCAGGAGCUCGAGCUUCGCUCCUCAAGAAGAAGAAGAGAAGCAAGAGGAAGAAAUCGUCGACGAGGUGAAAGUUGAUGAAAGCGCCGAUGUUGACAAAUUCGUCGGAGAACUCGUCAGCGAAGCCGUUCAGAAAGCAAAAGACGAAGAUCAAGAGAAAAAUGAAGAAGUCAUCGAAAAAACCGAAGACGCUGAGUCAUCAGAACCAACUCAAGUCGAAGAAACUUCCGCUGAAACCAAGCAAAAAACUGUGGACGAGCCAGUGGACGAAAUCAACGAGGACAAUAAGGAAACUGAGCCAGAAAUUUCUGAAGAAAAGGCGGAAGAGAUUCCAGUUCUUGAGGAGAAAAUUGACCCGGAAGAUCAGAUUGAAAUCGUCUCGUCCUCGGCGGAAAUCGACGAUCGCAAGGUUGACGAUGAAAAAGUAGAAGAAGGAAAGGUCGAAGAAGUCGGUGAGGAAAAAGACGAUGGAGAGGACAACUUAGAAGAAAUCAAAGAAAUUGAAACUAAAGAAUUCCCGGAAAUCGAGACCGCGAUCUCUGAUGUCCAAGAAUCGCAAGACAACUCUGCCCGAAAAUCACCAUCUCCCGCCCCCGAAGAACAAAAAGAAGCCUCGAUUCCCGAGCCAAAGGAGGAUUCUCCCGAGAUUCCUCUGACAGUCAUUCCAGACCCAGAAGAAAAAGCCGCGAUCGAGGAAGCCGUCAAAGCUCUUUCUAGACCUUCUGAAGAAUCGGAGCCAGCUCAGGUGGAGGACGAAGAGGUGGAUGAGAUUCUGGAAGAAACCGAUUUGGUCAAACAGGCGAUCAGCAGCGCGGUCGACGCGAUCAACAGCGAACCAGCUUCUUCGACUGAGAAAGAGAAGGUUGAACAGAAUGAUGAGGAGCCGAAGGGUGAGGAAAGCUAUCAAGGAAGUGAUCCGAAGGAGCUUGAAGACGCGAUCAUCAAGGAGAGCAUAAAAGAAGGAGUCGCAGCUCUGAACAAAACCGACGAUUCCGGCGCAGCAGGCCUCUCGGAAACCUCCGCUGAAAACGUGGAAGUAGUCGAGCCAAGUGAAGUUGAACUCCCCGCUUCGGAAGUUGAAGAAUCGAAAGAACAAACUAUCGACGAGAAAAAGGACGAAACGAUUAUUACUUGUGCCUUGCCAACCAAUCACGACUUCAUACCGAUAGCCCGGAAAAUAUUUAUCACAACUCGCAAAACAACUCAAGCUGCUUCCUGA